AUGACAAGCUCAUCCGGAGCUUUUAUUGCUUCAGUCUAUGGCGUCAUUGUCAUUCUGGGAAUUGUUGGCAACGUUACCCUCAUCAAGACGCUCUGCUCCCCCAAGUCCCUUCGUAAAAUCCACAAUGUCUUCUUGUGCAGUCUGGCGCUCGGGGAUGUCUUGCUGCUAGUGACCUGUGCCCCGGUUGACGCCAGUCGAUACCUGACCAGUGAGUGGGCUUUCGGCAGAGUGGGCUGCAAAGUCAUUGCCUUCAUUCAGCUCACAUCGGUUGGCGUGUCAGUGUUCACGCUCACAGCACUCUCCAAAGACAGGUAUAAAGCUAUUGUGAGGCCGUUGGACUUCCAGACAGCAAGUUCUACCACCAAAAAUAUCUUGUAUGCAGCACUUAUCUGGAUCUUGUCUCUCGUCCUGGCGAUUCCUGAGGCUGUCUUUUCUGACCUUCGCGUCUUCAGCGUACCUUCAGCCAAUGAAAGCUUUGUCACCUGUGCUCCUUAUCCCCACGCUGGAGAGCUUCACCCUAAAAUCCACUCUACCAUCUCCUUCCUAGUUUUCUACAUCAUCCCACUUUUGGUCAUCUCCGCGUACUACGCCUUUAUCGCUGCAAGCCUGACGAAGAGUGUGUCUAAAUUGCCUGUGGAGGGGGAAAUUCAUGCAAAACAGCAGGUGGAGUCAAGACAGCGUUUGGCCAAAACUGUGUUAGUUUUUGUCGCCCUCUUUGCCGUAUGCUGGCUGCCCAAUCACGUUAUCUUCCUGUACCGCUCCUAUCACUACUCAGAGGUGGACACAUCGCUGACCCACUUCCUGUGCAGCGUUGUUGCCCGAAUCUUGGCCUUCACAAACUCCUGCCUGAACCCUUUUGCGCUUUACCUGCUCAGCAAAACCUUCCAGAAGCAGUUCAAGGAGCACCUCUUUUGUGGCUUUUGGGAGCCCAUCCAAGUCACCAAGAGUCUGGAUCCUGACAUACGUAUGACUUCAGUCCGAACCACACGCCACUCCGUGUGA